CCCGCCCCCCGUGGCAGGGAAAUGCCAGUACUCUAGGCCUUUCGGUUUGCGCGGGCGGGCGGGCCUGCUGCGGAGAGAGUGGGAGCUCUCGCAGCCGCUCACGGGAGGAUUUUCACAAGACUUGUUUGAUAUAGACUGUCUGCAUGGUGCCCCUCCCCAGGCCUACACUACCCUAGGGCACUUUGCUGAAUGAAGACUCUCGUGCAGAUGGAGGAACUGGAGCGAGGCCUGUUGAUGCAGCCGUGGGCGUGGCUACAGCUUGACCAGAACUCCCUCUUGGCCAAGGCUUAUAUCAUCACUAAGCAGGGCUAUGCCUUGCUGGUUUCAGAUCUGCAACACGUGUGGCAUGAACAGGUGGACACCAGUGUGGUCAGCCAGCGAGCCAAGGAGCUGAACAAGCGCCUGACUGCUCCUCCUGAGGCUUUUCUCUGUCAUUUGGAUGAUCUGCUUCUCCCGUUGUUGAAGGACACUGCUGGCCCUGGCAAAGCCACCUUCUCCUGCGAUCGUGUGGCAGAGGCGCUGGUACUGCGCGUGCGGAGUGAGCUCUCUGGUCUUCCUUUCUAUUGGAAUUUCCACUGCAUCCUAGCUAGUCCUUCCCUGGUUUCCCAGCAUUUGGUUCGUCCUUUGAUGGGCAUGAGUCUGGCAUUGCAGUGCCAAGCGAGGGAGCUGGCAACACUGCUUCACAUGAAAGAUCUAGAGAUCCAGGACUACCAGGAGAGUGGGGCUGUGCUGAGCCGAGAUCGGUUGAAGACAGAGCCAUUUGAAGAAAAUUCCUUCUUGGAACGAUUUAUGGUAGAGAAACUACCAGAGGCAUGCAGUGUUGGUGAUGGGAGACCCUUUGUCACGAACCUACAGAAUCUGUAUUUGGCAGUCACCAGACGAGAGGUCCAAGUGAGACAGGAGCAUCAAGGCACUGGAGAGCCUCAGACCUCAAGCAGCGCCUCCCCGCAAGGACCUGAUAGCCAACUUCUGAACCAGCCCGAAGAGCCGGACUCCUCAGCACCAUCCCUCCCAGCGCCAGAGAAAAAGCCCACAGGUACUUCAGGCCCCAUGCAGAGACUUCAGCUGUCAAAGGCCAAGAGGAAGAAGCUAAGGGGGCUCUUCAGUUAACCUGUCACUUUCUCAGCUGCUGAAGAUGGAGUUGGAGAAUAGUGUCACCUUGAAAGGAAUUCCGUGGCAGCCGUCUAUCUGACACAGUUAUACAGUCAGAGGCCCCACUGAAGGAGCCAGACAACUGAAGUUCAUGUUGACAGGCACCUGAAUGGGUACCGUUAACCGAGGGAAUCUUGGCUCCAGCCCCCUGGGCUUUGGCCUUCCCUAUCCAAUUGGAAGCCAGUCUCUGGGAAUCCCAUGUUCUCCUCCUUUUGGUGGAGGUUCUCUAGACACCAUGGACUUUAGGUAUAUAGGGCAAGUCAGCAAAAAGGCACAACCUGCUUAGGAAGCCUUGGCUACCUCUCUCAAGAGUCCCUAGCCAGUCCCAGGGGCUCCUCAGAGACCCUCUUCUCUCUUUAGCAUGGAAUAAAAACCACUCACCUCCCCUUGCUUUUGAGAGCGCUUAUUCUGUGGAACACAUAACCCACUGCACUUUGCUGGGCCCCACCCCACUGUCUUCUCUGGAUGAAACCUGAGCCCUCAGUCCAGUCCUUCAGUCGUUAUGCUUCUCUGAGGUGGCCGGUGCCGAGCUUUUGUUUGGGAACUUCGUCCUGAAAACUCUCUCCAUGGUGGGCACAGGGCAGAACAG